CGUCGCAACUUUGCCCUUAUCGCCAUCCCUCGCAUUCAUGAUACCCCUAUUUUCAAUCUAUACCCCACCAUUAUAAUGUCAUCUCUUGCAAGAGGCCGGCCAUCUCGGCGCUCUGCCCCCCGAAAGAGCUAUGUGGUUGAGGAGACCACAUCCGAAGAAGAGGAUCCGGGAAACGUCACCCCCACCCCAUCCCAUCAUGAUGAAGACGACGAGGAGGAAGCAGAAGAAGAGUACACCCCGGUACCCCAGAAGCCGAAUAUCGCCAAACGAGGCUCACGUAGGCGAGAUACGUCGGAGAUGCCCACGCCCAGCACGGUACAAGCCGCCAAGCGAGCGCGGAGGUCAAGGGGCGGGGAGUCGACAGAGUCGUCUAUGCUUGUUGGUGGAAAUGAAGAAGGCGACAGUGUAGCAAGUGGGCGAGAAGAGCCCGAAUCGCCGUCACAGAAUGCGGCGCUGAAAAGAAAAAAGCCUUCGGUUUCGCCGCAAUCUGAAAUACGAUCCCAGAGAGAAAGCGUCCCCCCGCUCGCCGAUAUUACCGACUCCGCCGUGAACCAAACCCCGGCGCAACGCGCAGAGGAUCCGAAGUCGCAGAUCUCCAUCAUCAACCCCAAUACUACUAUUCUAGAAAAGCCCAUGGAUAUUAUGCUGAAAUCACGGACUCUUGGUCCUACCAUUCCUGAGGAGCCGGAAGGCCCCAAGAGUCGCCUAAUGAUUACUACCUUAGUGCUAAAUAAUUUCAAAAGCUAUGCAGGAAAACAGAUCGUCGGGCCUUUCCACGCCUCCUUCUCCUCCGUCGUUGGACCAAACGGCUCCGGAAAAUCAAACGUUAUCGAUGCAUUACUCUUUGUAUUCGGGUUCCGCGCUAGCAAGAUGCGACAAGGCAAGAUAUCCGCCUUGAUUCACAAUUCAGCAAACCAUCCAGACUUGCCUUUCUGUGAAGUCGAGGUUUAUUUCCAGGAAAUUAACGAUCUUCCUGGUGGAGAACACGAAGUACUCCCAGAUUCCCAACUGAUCAUUUCUCGAAAAGCAUUCAAGAACAACACGAGCAAGUACUACAUGAACGGCAAGGAGACCAAUUUCACAACCGUCACAACUCUGCUUCGCAACCGCGGUAUUGACCUCGAUCAUAAACGUUUCCUGAUUCUCCAGGGUGAGGUCGAGUCCAUCGCCCAAAUGAAGCCAAAGGCCGCCAACGAACACGAAGAUGGGCUGUUGGAAUACCUGGAAGAUAUUAUCGGAACCUCCAAAUACAAGCAACCCAUCGAAGAAGCCGCUACCGAACUUGAAACACUAAACGAUGUCUGUGUUGAGAAGAACAAUCGUGUUCAGCAUGUUGAGAAGGAAAAGACUGCUCUGGAGGAUAAGAAGAACCAUGCCCUUGCUUACAUUCGCGAUGAGAAUGAGCUGGCGCAGAAACAAUCAGCGUUGUAUCAAAUCUAUAUUGAUGAGUGUUCAGACAACCUUCGUGUGACCGAAGAGGCAAUCCUUCAGAUGCAGGAGCUUCUCAAUCUUGAGCUUGAGAAACAUGAAGGUAAUGAAUCUGGGAUUAAAGAACUAGAGAAAUCAUACAAGCGCGGGACGCGAGAAUUCGAGCAGAUGGAAAAGGAGGCGCAGGCACUAUCGAAGGAAAUGGCCAAGUACGACAAAGAAUCUGUCAAGUUCGAGGAAAAGAAGAAGUUCUUGGUCGGAAAGCAGAAGAAAUUAGAAAAGACCAUGCACACUGCUCGCCUUGCCGGCUCUGAGUGUCAGAGCUUGGUGCAGAAACACACCGACGAUAUCGAGAAGAAGACGAAGGAGACGACCGAGCUCGAGAAGGAAGUUCAAAUUGAGGAGGGCGAGUUAUCAACCAUUCGUGAGGGGUUGAAGGGCAAAACUCAAGGUCUUUCGGAUCAGAUAACGGCGAAGCAGAAAUCUUUGGAGCCAUGGGAUGAGAAGAUCAACAAAAAGCAGUCUGCCCUAGCUGUCGCCCAAAGUGAACUUGAUAUCCUUCAGGAGAAGAGCAAUGCCGGUGCUGUGUUGCUAGAGGAAGCACGGUGUAAGGUUUCCUCGAUUGAAGACACUAUUGCCCAGAAGGAAGAGGACUUGGAGGAAUGCAAAGGCCAAAGGUCUGCUCUUGACGAACAAGUGGCACAGCUAAAAAACGACCUCAAGAAGUACAGCACCCGGGACCCCGAGGUCCGCGCCCAUGUCUCAAGUGCUCGUCAAAGGGCCGAAGAAGCGAGGGCCAGUGUUGCGAACACGCAGAACCGUGGCAGUGUUCUCACUGGGCUCAUGCGCCUCAAGGAAUCCGGCCGUAUUGAGGGAUUCCAUGGUCGACUUGGAAAUCUCGGUACCAUCGAUGAGAAAUACGACGUCGCCAUCUCCACGGCAUGUCCAGCACUAGACAAUAUGGUCGUGGAUACGGUUGAAGUUGGUCAACAGUGCAUUGACUACCUGAGAAAGAACAGCCUAGGUCGAGCCAACUUCAUCCUUCUGGACCGUCUUCCCAAGCGUGAUCUAGCUACUAUCUUCACACCGGAGAGCGUUCCCCGACUGUUCGAUCUGGUUAAGCCCAAGGACCCGCAGUUUGCACCAGCAUUCUACAGUGUCAUGCAGAAUACUCUGGUGGCCAAGGAUCUUGAACAAGCUAAUCGCAUUGCCUACGGCGCUAGGCGAUGGAGAGUUGUGACUCUCGAUGGUCAGCUCAUUGAUACAUCCGGAACGAUGAGUGGUGGCGGCACCCGCGUCGCCCGUGGUGGAAUGUCCUCCAAGCAAGUGGCUGACAUUAGCAAGGAGCAGUUGGCCAAGCUCGAGGGUGAUCUCGAAGACAUGGAAAGGAAAUUCCAGCAUUUCCAGGAGAAGCAGAGGCGAGUCGAGGCCGCCCUUCGCGAGAAAUCGGAAGAGAUCCCACGAGUCGAGACGAAGAUUCAAAAGAUCCUGAUUGAGAUCGAUAGCUCCAAGCGUAGCCUCGUUGAUGCGCAACGGCGGGUGAAGGAGCUGAGCGCAGCACAUGUACCUUCGAAGGCAGACACCCACCGAGCCAACGACCUUGAAGAGCAGAUUGCCGGCCUUGCGGAACAAAUUGAGGAUCUUCGCGCACAGAAAGGCGAAAUCGAAGAAGAGAUCCAGGCCCUCCAAAGCAAGAUCAUGGAAGUCGGCGGUGUCAAACUCCGCAGCCAAAAGGCGAAGGUUGAUGGUCUCAAGGAACAAAUCAACCUCCUCGCGGAUGAGAUCUCCAAUGCGGAGGUUGGCAAGUCUAAGAACGAGAAACUCAUCAAGAAGCACGAGAACGCCGGCGCGGACGCCGAGAAGGAGCUGGGGCAUGUCGCGGAAGAGCUUGAAAAGCUCAACGAGGAUGUGGCCAAUCAAGCCAGCGAUGCGUCGGGCUGGAAACAGAAGGUGGAGGAUGCGCAAGAUGCCCUGGAGGCCAAGAAGAGCGAGCUGAAGGCCCUCAAGGCAGAGUUGGAUGAAAAAGUCGCAGAAUUAAAUGAGACCCGGGCCACGGAAAUUGAGAUGCGCAACAAGCUCGAGGAGAACCAGAAAGCGCUGACCGAGAAUGAAAAGCGAAGCCGGUACUGGCAAGAGAAGCUAUCCAAGCUGACCCUGCAGAAUAUCAGCGACUUGGGCGGCGAGGAGCAGCAACCGGCGGAAUUCCAGACCUUCACCAAGGACGAAUUAUCCGAAAUGAACAAGGACUCGUUCAAGGCGGCCAUCGCAGCUCUGGAAGAGAAGACCCAGAACGCCUCUAUCGAUCUCUCCGUGAUCGAGGAAUACCGGCGUCGAUCGGCCGAGCACGAGUCGCGUUCCGCCGAUCUCGCGGCUGCGCUGGCAACUCGUGACAGCGCAAAAGCCCGACUCGACGGACUACGAUCUGCGCGUCUCAAUGGGUUUAUGGAGGGAUUCGGCAUUAUCUCGCUUCGUUUGAAGGAGAUGUAUCAGAUGAUUACGAUGGGCGGGAAUGCGGAGCUCGAGUUGGUGGAUUCCCUCGACCCUUUCUCGGAGGGGAUCUUGUUCUCAGUGAUGCCCCCGAAGAAGAGCUGGAAGAAUAUCGGCAACUUGUCUGGUGGUGAGAAGACGCUCUCCAGUCUGGCACUGGUGUUUGCUCUGCACCACUACAAACCUACGCCGUUGUAUGUGAUGGACGAAAUCGACGCUGCGUUGGAUUUCCGCAAUGUGUCUAUUGUGGCAUCGUAUAUCAAGGAGCGGACGAAGAAUGCGCAGUUUAUCGUCAUUUCUUUGCGAAACAACAUGUUUGAACUUGCAUCUCGACUGGUCGGAGUGUACAAGGUCAACCAUAUGACCAAGAGUGUUACGAUCGAGAACCGAGAUUAUAUUACGGGACGAUAAUAUUGGAAAUACACAUAUCUGUACAUGGUUGUUUAAUGCUUUUGGUUAUUGAAAUGGUCAUGACUGGAAUGGGAGGUCUGCUGAUGGUUUUGUUCUGAAUUAAUUCUGGUCGGAGUGGGAAAUACAGGCCUGAAUCUGGAUCUUUGGGCAUAUAUGAUUAGUUUUCUUCUUCUUCUUCUUCUUCUUCUUCUUCCAUAUUUAUUUUAUCUUUGCUGUAUAGGUAUUUUCUCUUUCCAGCCAAGUAAGCAACCCAAUCCGUAGACUCUAUGUCGCGCAUUACCUGCAAGUCAGACAUCGACAUCCCCCACGGGUUGUACCAACAACAUACAGUACGGUAAAUUGCCUGUCUUCCAGUCCUGUAGCGGAGACUCGUAUCCAAUAUAAUAAGGUUGGUGGUGUAGUGUAGCGUAGU